AUGGAACCAAUUUCACUCAUCCCUCAACAUAGCCAACAUCUCGAGAUAACCUAUGACUUAUUUGAUGAGCUUAUUUCAAAUGAAAAUUCCUUGGACUUUAGUGAGAGUAGUGUUGAGUUGAGUAACAUACAUGUGCCAUCACCAGACAACAAGAUUCAAAGCCUCGUCGCCUUUUCUGAUACCACAGCAGUGUUCAACAUGACUUUUCUUCAAGACAGCGCACCAUCACCCAGCCUAGCAGAUUCGUUCAUAUGCCCUCAACAAAUGAAUUAUCAGGCGCUCCCCGCUCAUCUUGUAUCACCAGUUACCCCAAAGAGUAAUGUGAUUCACCCACUGCAAACCACCCAAUGCAACGAUCCAUGUUUCUCGCCUCUCAGUUCACCAGCAUUGCCGCCCACGCCUCAGCACUGCCAUCAGAUUCACAAUGGCGUCAGUAAGGAUGCUAUCACGAAUGAGUCAACAAGAUUGCUCCAUCAACAGCUUGCCCAAAUAGAAGCUCAACAAAAGAGGCUACGAGAUCAAAUGUCAAUGACUUCGUUAAAUCCCUCUUAUCGAAACAGUCCAUUUGGAAGCUUUCAAAAUGCGUUUGCACCUCACUCUCCAAUAUCAAAUGACAACCCAUCGAGUUUCCUACAGAAAAUUGCUCAUGCUGGUCCAUCAUCAAAGCAACUACAAGACAUCGGUCUUUCAGCUACACCAGCUACCCCAGCCUCUCUGAUGAACAUGAAUUAUCCAAUUCAUAACAAAGCCAUCGCACCCAAUAUUGACACCAAAUCUUGCAGUACACAGAAAGGGUCGCCUGUACAAACGCCAAUCCCUACGUUUGUUCAUCCUCAACCCGCAAUUGCAAAAAAGAGAAAAUUAGCACCUUCAUCUCCACAUCCCUACACUCGAUCACCCAGAGUCUUGAAGCCCUUGCUUUCGCCUUUCCUACAGCCAGACCUCAACAUAAUGACACAACCACAACCUGUACGGUUAGAGACUCGUCGAUGUGCACAUAAAGUAGCCGAACAAAAGCGAAGAGAUACACUGAAAGAAGGAUUCGACUCGCUGCGAGAGGAAAUUGCAGACAUUCUCAUCCUAGACUCGGGCCAACCUGCGCAAAAGGUACGAGAAGAGAAGGAAAAGCAAGUUAAAUUCAUGAGCAAAGUGUUAUUACUGCAGCAUUCGUAUGAGUACAUUGUUCGACUGAAAACAGAUUCUCAAUUGAAGGAUGAAAAGUUAAGUCGAAUGCAAUUGGAGUUGGAUCAAUUAAGGAAACUUGCUUCUUCCAAAGCUUCCGUUGCUGCGACACUCUCUGUAAUGAAUGACAAUGAAAACUGA